UUCGUUUAACCUUUCGCUUUCAAUAAUGAUCGACUGUAGAGUCUGUUCAAGCACAUAUAUAUGUGUUCCUGAGAACUGGGAACUUCUUGUGUUCUUUCCUCCACUUCAUAGGAUUUCCUUCUUUGUUUCCCUCUCCUUUUAUUUAUUUAUUUAUUUUUUCCCAAAGGGGAUUGGUUUGUUUUGUUCUUCUGUUUAUCUUGAUUCUUGAUGUAAUUGGAGAGAGUGAGAGAAAGGCAAAGAGAGGUGAGAGGAAGCUUGAAAGAGAAAGGGGGAUCUAUUUUUAUCAUCAAUGGCAGGGGGAGGAUUUGUAGACCCUGAGGCUGCAAAGAGGGCUCACCUCUAUGAGUAUAGAAUCACAAAUCAUUUUAUCUUUGCCUGUUGCGUUGCUGCGCUUGGGGGUUCUCUUUUUGGAUAUGAUCUUGGUGUUUCUGGUGGUGUGACUUCCAUGGAUGACUUCUUGAAAAUCUUCUUCCCCAGGGUUUUAGCAAGGAAGCAUCAACAUCUCAAUGAGACAGAUUACUGUAAGUACGAUGACCAGAUCCUCACACUCUUCACUUCAUCUCUCUACUUCGCCGGCCUUGUCUCCACAUUUGGGGCCUCAUAUUUGACCAGAACAAAGGGAAGGAGAGCAAGUAUCCUCUUUGGCUCUGUCAGCUUCUUCCUUGGAGGGCUCUUGAAUGCCUGCGCUGUCAACAUUGCAAUGCUCAUAAUCGGCAGAAUCCUUCUGGGUUUUGGCAUUGGAUUUGGAAAUCAAGCUGUCCCUCUCUAUCUUUCAGAGACAGCACCUCCAAAGAUCCGAGGUAUGGUUAACCAACUGUUCCAGCUAACUACCUGCGUUGGGAUUUUUGUGGCAAAUAUCAUCAACUACUUUACAGACAAAGUCCAUCCAUGGGGUUGGAGAUUGUCUCUUGGUCUAGCCAUGGUCCCUGCUGGUCUUAUGUUUGUUGGGGGAAUUUUCCUUCCUGAGACACCCAAUAGCCUUGUUGAGCAAGGAAAACUAGAGCAAGCAAGAGUGAAUUUGGAAAAAAUUAGAGGCACCAGCAAUGUAGAUGCAGAGUUCCAGGAUCUCCAAAAUGCAAGUGAACUAGCUCGUGCCAUUAAGCAUCCUUUCAGGAACCUUUUCGCAAGAAAGAAUCGUCCACAGUUAGUGAUAGCAGCUUUGGGCAUCCCAGCAUUCCAGCAGCUCACUGGCAUGAAUUCCAUACUCUUUUAUUCCCCUGUCAUCUUUCAGACAUUGGGUUUCAGCUCAAACACCUCUCUAUACUCAUCCAUUAUAACCAAUGGUAUGCUUGUGCUUGCAACAUUCGUUUCGAUGUAUAUUGUUGAUAGGAAAGGUAGGAGGUUCCUCUUCAUGGAAGCUGGUUGUCAAAUGAUCAUCUCCAUGCUGGUGGUGGCCAUUGUUCUUGGCCUCAAGUUUGGACAUGGUGAUGAAAUACCUAAAGUAUAUGCAGCCAUCCUAGUUGUAAUGAUUUGUGCUUUUGUUCUUGCUUAUGGAUGGUCAUGGGGUCCUUUGGGAUGGUUAGUAACAAGUGAGCUCUUCCCUUUGGAAACAAGGUCAGCUGGGCAGAGUAUAGUUGUCUGCAACAACCUCUUAUUUACAGCUCUGGUUGCACAAUGUUUCUUAGUAUCUCUGUGUCACCUCCAGUAUGGAAUCUUCUUGCUGUUUGCAGCCUUGAUUUUGGGCAUGACUUGCUUCAUUUACUUCCUCUUGCCAGAAACAAAGCAAGUCCCCAUAGAAGAGAUAGUCUUUCUUUUUGAGAACCACUGGUUCUGGAAACGAUAUGUUACAUCAUCAGAUGAGAAGGUGGUCUCUAAAUAAAUCUCCAGUGGUCCAAGAGAGUUUCUAUCUGGGAUUUGAAUUCAAUUGCAUACCUUCUUCUUCUUCUUGUUUUUGAUCUGAUGCAAUAUUUGUUGAUUGAUGGAAUUUUUUUUUUUUUUUUUGGCCUUUUUAUGUUCUUUACUAAGGGAGUGUCAUGGUUCCUCUUUGUAGGUGUAUUGGAAUAUGGAACAUUCUUUUGAUUACCCCU